UCUGUACAAAAAGACCAAUGACAAACGUGUUUAUUAAACGCUGUUUAAUUAAUUACCUACCCGAUCAUAGUUAUCAAAAGUUUGUAUUUUUAUUUUGUGGCAUAAAAUGCAUGACGUGUUUUAAAUUUAUACCAACAUCUCGUGCUUCGUAUGGUAUCAGUAUCUGUGUAUUUACUCGGUGUACUCCAAAGAAAAGUACUUGCGAGUAUACUUGUUACAUUGAUGACAGUAGUGUAUACGUGAUUUCGUUCUUGUAAACAUUGUGUUGUGAUUUAGUGGAGUAAUUAUUUUUUCAUACGAAAUACAUUCACUUAUAUCAUCUAACAAACAUAUUUAACUAACGGAGAUUCAUCGCAAUACGAGAAUUCUUCUAAAGCUUGAAUAAUAUGUAAUUAUCACUGAAAUCUACACAGUAUGGAUACAGUCGUCCUGGUUGGACAAUCUAUGGAUUCUUAAAUAAUUGUAAUGAAUUUGAUGUUUUACCAUGGAACAAGUAGAUGAAGUGCAGAUUGUUACUAUCCAAAUACAACCAGAACUAACAGUUAAUUUAUCUUCCUCGCUAGAGUCAGAUUCGAAUAAUGAUCAUGUGACAAAUGUGGAAAACAUUCCUGAAUGUCAAGAAAGUAGUACAACAAAUUGUACAGACAAAUCAAUUGAAACUCCAUUGUCGAUAAAUGAAUGUGAUAUAAAUAAUACAACUGAAGAAGCUAAUGUUAAAAUUGAAAUACUAGAGAAAAAAGAUGAUAUAAUUAAUGAGUUGGCACAAGAAACAGUUGGUAGCAAUACAGAAGGAACAAGUAAUAAUGUCAUAGAAACAACGGUUAAUAAUAAUACAGAAGAGAUAAUUGAUAUUGAUACAAAAGAAACAUUUAUUAAUGAUAUACAAGCAAUAGUUAAUAAUGAUUCACAAAAUAAUGCUGAUCAUGAUAUAAAGAAUGAUAUAGUAAAGGGAGAACAUGAUACAAUACAAACAAUUGAAAUUAAAGAUGACAUAAUAUGUAUAGAAGAUGAUAUAUCCUUAAAGGAACAAAGUACUAACAUUUCAAAUGAUGUUACAAUACUCAACACAGAUAAAAGUGAAGAUGAGCAAAGUUUUGAAGAAAAUGUUUGUACAUUAAAAGAGACAGAGCCAAGCAAUGAUACUAAUGCUCAAUGUCAAGCAUUAAUUAAAUCACUCAGUCAGUCUUUUGAUGGUAAGGACCAAGCUUUGCAUGUUGCAGAUACAGAUGCAGAUUUGACAAAAUUGGUGGAUGGUGAUUCAGAAGUUAUGGUAGUAACAGUAGAGACUGUGCCUCUUAAUGAUUCAAAUGAAACCACAGAGGAAAAUAUUAUCGUGACUGUACACGAAAAGGAUAUUAUGGUAAAUUCCAAUGAUAGUAACCUUUCAUUGAUGAAAGAAAACAAAACUAAAAAAACUAAGAUAGAAAAUGAAGAGUUUGGUUUAAUAGAUUACAGUCAAGAAAGCGAUGGAACUAUAAUUGAAGUGAUUUCAACAGAAGUUGUUGAUUCAGAAAUUCCUGAAACAUGUACUCAACGAAAUAAUAAUGAAAUUUUCAAACAUACUACUUCCAAAAUAGAUUCUGUAAUUUCAACAAAAAUAGAAAUUGUAGAUAACAUUGCUAAUGAGGAAAGCAAUGUAAAACAGGAACAGAUGCAGACAGUUGGGAAAUUUGAGAUUGAAUCUGAUAGUUCAGAUAAAGAUAAGAUGAAAGAAGAACUUGUUCACAGUAAAUUUAUUGAUUCUCCUAUGCAUGUAAAUAUUUCGAGUGAAAGAAAUGUAUCUGUAAACGAAGUAAAUAAAGCAGGCGCGACAUUGAAAGAGAGAAGUGUACUUCAAGAUAUUUUUGAUGAUUGGGGUGAUGAGAAUGCAGAAGAUGAGAGUCAGUUGGUAUCUAAAGUACAAGAUACAGUAGAAAUUGAAUUAAAAAGCUUACUAGAUGAUACAAAGACAACCGAAACAGUAGAUGAAGACAAAGCAAUGCUGGUUAACAAAGAAAUUGUAUGCAUAACAAAAGAUGCUGUAGCAGGUGUUGGAAAAGUAGACAUUGGCAAUGAAAAUAAAGAGGCGAAAGAGGUACAAAUAUCAAAAGAACCAACAGAUAAUAACCAAAGCAUAAAAAGGCAACAAAGUACUAUAAAGACAUUGGGUAAAGAUCAAAUAAGUUUUAGACUCUCACAGAAUUUUGGGAAAUUUAUAAAAAAUGCAACACAUGAUUUGACUGCAUUAAGUCAAACAUCAUCACAAGCAAAAGUAACGCCCAUUGUUAAUCGUCGUCGUAAUUUGAAGAGUCAAAUCGCUUCACCAGCUGAAGUAACAGAAGCAUUAAAAGAACGAUUUCGUGAAAAGCAAAAAAUUAUAGAAGCACCACCAGAACCUGACAUAUUUUUUGUUAAGAAACUAACUCAGAGAUUAUCGAGUAAAUUAGCAGGUGGCCCAAUAAAUUCUUUACCAGCACUUAUACCAUUACCUCAACCUACAACUCCAUCUUUUGCUCAGUCUAAUAAAAAAUCAACCGAAAAUGUAAAUACAGAAACUACUAAAGAGAGCAGUUCAGACAAUAAAGAAUUACUAGCGAUAUUAGAAGGCGAUGUUGAUCCUGACUGGUCUAAUUUGAAACCACCAACCUUAACAGAAGAAAGAAAAGAUCCAGUUGAACAACCUGGUCAUAAUACACCACCAAAACUUGAUCCUUUAAUUGAACGAGAAUUAGCAUUGAAACAACUUCUGGAACUACCUGUUGCAUCAGUUAAAAAAAAUAUUUUAAGGAAGAAAAAAACAUUUAAGCCUGCACCUGGUAAAGCUGCUAAGGAAGCAGAGACAAUAUCUGUAUCUGAAGUAAAAAAGGAAAUUGUUAAUAUCGACUUAAUCGAUGAUUCUACAGAACCAAAUAUGAAAGAUACGAAAACUUCCGACUCGGAAUCGUCGCCUAUAAUUACUGAAGAACAUACUCCAGAAAAGAAUUCAGAAUUAAAUUCAAAAGAUGUACGAUUAGAUGAAUCAAGAUCAGGUAGAAAACGAAAACUUACAGAGAAAGCUAGAGAACACGAAGAACAGCAAAGUAUCGUAAAACGUCAGAAAGUAUACAAAAGUAAAGGUUCGUCGAAUAAGAAGCAACUUCAAGAAGAUGAAGUACAAACUAUGGCUGAUACUAGCCAAAAUAGCGAGAAUCAUGUGUCUAAGGAGAAUACUUCGCCUGCUAUUACUAUAAAUAACGAAGCUGAUGUUACAGUAACAAAAGAAAUAACAAACAAACAGUUUGCAGAUAAAUCAGACUCAAUAGAGACUAAACCUGAGAAUGCAUCUUUAAAACGUCCAAAACAAACUCUCAGUAAAAAAGGAUCCCAAUCUAUUUCUAAGAAGAAUAUGGUAGUGAACAAAAUAUUAAAACAAAAUUUGUCUUCCAAUAAAAAAUCGGUUGCUUUAAAAGCAAAAUUGAAUACUUCAUCAAAGAAAUCUGGAUCGAAAAUAUCUUCAAAAUCAAAGAGAUCGGUGGAAAGUAGUUCUGGGGAUUCUAAGCCAAAGAAAAAAAGUAUAAAUGAAAUAGAUAGAUUGCUUCAAGAUGAGGGUGUUGUAAAUUUAUUAUAUGAUGUGGAACAACCAGAUAAGAAACGACUGAUUCCUAUCACUAAGUCUCAAGCAAAAGUUAUGGAUAUACAAAAAGUUCAACGUGAACUUAAUUUUAGAAAAAAAUUAGUGCGCAAUGCGGUUCUAAGAUUGCGUACCGCGACAGUAGGCGUGUCGAAAGUUUCUUCAAGAUCUAAAAGAACUUCUGUACAGGCAAAUGAAAUCCAAGUGGAUAAAAAAAUUGGAGAACAAAUUACAUCAGCAAAAUCAAACGUAUCAACUGACUCAGAAUUUAUCUUACCUGCAAAAAUACGAAAUGCAGCGGAUGCAUCCGUUAUAGUCAGGAGACAUUCGUCUAGUUCAUUUUCCAGUGCAUCUGGAAGUCCCAGAGUUAGUGUUGAUAGUCCAGAGAAAGUUGAAGGAAUUAAAAUGGAUGAAGGAAGUUCUCAUUCACUAAGAUCUAUGAAAAGAAGACUUUCUCAGGAUGAAGGAAUACAUGUAAAAAAAAGUAAAAAGAAAGUUAUACAAAGAAUGAAUGCAGACACUAACAUAGUUGCUAACAUUGUAGAAGAUAAAGUCAUUCGUCCUAAUAAGAAAUCAGAUUCAAAGAAAACUGAUAGAAAUUCCAAGCAACCAGAUAAUGUCGUAGUAGAUGAAGCUAGUAGUAGUCCAGGUAAAGUUGUUACACGGUCAAAUGGUACAGCUACAGGUAAGGUGACCUCAAAAACCAAAAAAUCUGCAAAGAGCAAAGUUACAUUUGCUAAAACAAACGAACCAGAUAAUGGUGAAGAAUCUUCCAAAGGAGAAGAUGAACUUUCAGUCUGUCUUGCAGAAGCUGCAAACGCCCUUUCAGUAGUCAAUGCUGGAAAUCGGUCCGGAAGUACAACGGCAAAUCGUAAAAAUAAAGAUUGUUUUCCAGUAAAUACAAAUAUCAUUAAAAUAUCGGAAUCGGAUAAUAAUAAAACAAAGAUGGAACCGCGAAGUCAAUUCAGUAAUAAAGAAAUAAAUGUACGACGACAUGGAAAUCUUGUCCAAUUGAUACUAACUCCAUCAUCUUCAACAAAAAUAAAAAACGCCCUUACAAUUCAGAUGAUGCAAGAGUUUCGUGAAACAUUAUCAAUUCUGAAGGCAGAUGAUAAUUGCAGAGUUGUUCUAUUAACAUCAACUGGUAGCAGUUUUUGCGAAGGUCUUGAUCUUUCUACGUUAUUACACACAAAUAAAGAAGAACGACAAGUUCGAGCUCAAGAAAUAGCAGAUGCGGUAAAAGAAUUUAUUAAAAGUCUAGCAUCGUUUAAUAAACCUAUUGUUGCUGGAGUUCAGGGUGCUGCGGUUGGUCUUGGUGUAACAAUGUUACCUUUGUUUGAUCUUGUAAUAGCUAGUGAUAAAGCAACAUUCAGUACUCCUUAUGGAAAAUUGGGGCAAAUUGCUGAAGGUGCUGCUAUUUUCACCUUGUCACAUAUAUUAGGAACUGCAAUUACAAGUGAAUUACUUUUGGGUGGCAGAAUUUUAACAGCCAGUGAGGCAUUAAGGGCUGGUCUUGUUACAAGAGUUCUGUGGCCUGAUAGAUUUCAAGUUGAAUUAUUACCGACUUUAAAAGCUAUGAGUGAACAAUCUUCACAGUCUAUGGAAGCUACAAAGGCAUUACUGCGUCACAGUUUGCGGAGAAAAUUGGACGCCGCAUUAGAAUCGGAGACGUUUUUACUGAUCCAACAUUGGUGUUCCACAGAAUGUCAAACUGCCAUAAAAUCUUACAUUGACGGAAAAGUCCAGUGAACAUUCGAAUGGUAAUAAUAUGUUUUCUCUGUACAUUUGGCUUUAAUUACUGUACUUUAUAUAUAGGAGAAAAUAGUAUUGAGGUUAAUAAGAAUAAAUUGAAUAAUUAUUUUGAUGGAGCACUACACAUAUAGUGGUAAAAAUGUUAUAACUUGUAUAGCAAUAUAUUAAAAUGUAAAUACAUAUUUGUCAUUUGUUAUAUGUAAUUUGUAUAUGAAAUUGUACAAUAUAUUAUUUCUAACUAAAACUAUUGUUUAGGAGUUAGUUCUCACAUUUGUAACAGCACAAAAUAAAUGUAGCUCAUUGUUAUUCUUCCUAUG